CUUGGGAGACUCAGAACUCAAGUCUACAUCAGUUCCCAUGAAAAUUUAAGAAGCGGGGAAGGCGCUGUCAAUCAGUGAAAAAUACAGAAUCUCCAAUGUUAACAGAACUUUUGAGAGCCGAACUUCAUUUCAAAAUUGCACAUGUUUGGUGGAGAUCAUAACAUCUCUGAUGGGUCACCAACAAAACCACUAUCCUCUGAGCCUGCAAACUGGUCUCUUUUGACAGAUAACGAGCCUACAGACAAUGAUCUUUACCGAAUCACAUAUAGGAUGAGAUUAUUUUUUCCAAACCUAAGUGUCUCUCCUCACCUUCGGAGAGGGAGAUGGGAGUGAGAGAUAUUGUAAUAAUACUGACUACCAUGUAUUGAUGGCCUGACUUACUGCGUGUCAAAUCCUGAGUUAAACAUUAUUUCACUGAAUAAUUUCAAGCCCAUUAUUAAGUGGGUAUCAUCCUCAACUUAUAGAUGAGGAAACGAGGCUUCGACUGGUUGCACACAUUUGUCCAGGAUCACUCCCAGGUAAAAACUACCUCCAAAUUUAGAAUUUACAGCCACCAUUGUACACGCCAGGCGCUACUGGGCUGUAGUGCUAGAACUGCAAUUCCCGUGGAGCUGUGCGGCAGCCUCGCGAGAGUAGGCUUAAAUGUGGCGGCGGUAAGGCGGCAGCUGCGGCUACCCUAGGAGUUGGGAGGCGGACCGCUGAGGCCAUGGCGGACAACUACAUCCCCGACAAUGAGCCUACGACACGUACGCUGCUGCGGCGCGUGCUGGAUACAGAGGUCCUGCGCACCCCGCGGCGACCCCAGAGUACUCGGACUGGUGCCCAGAAAACCCUGCUUGAAACACCUUUCUCUAUGAGGUUGAGGAGCCAAACAAAGACAACUGCCAGGAGACAUGCCCAUAGAACCAAGUGCUUUUGCACAAAGUCUAUUGGCAGAUUGGCCCACAUUCAAACCAGUGGACAUCUGAAGGAACAGACACCCCGAACUCUGCUUGAGAAUAUCCUACUAACUGCCCCGGAAUCUUCCAUGGUCAUGCCACAGCCAAUGGUGAAGCCAGUGUCAGCAUCGCAGGUGGUCCAGUUCUCUAGCCAGGAAAGCAGUCCCAGCAGCCUGGAGCUGCAACUUCCUGAGCUCAAACCCCCCACAACCCUGGCUGCAAGUCUGCUACCUUCUGGCAAGAGGAAGAAGAGGCUGAAAUUGUCAGUGUUUCAACAAGGAAUGGACCAGGGGCUUUCUCUCUCUCAAGGUCCUCUUACAGAGCCUCAAGGGAAUGCUGUUUCCUCCGCCCUCAUCAGCUCCCUCAACCUGACCUUUGUCACACCUCUCCUGCCACAAUCAGUGCAAAGACCUGGGUUGGCCCGAAGACCUCCUACACACCGGGCUGUAGAUGUGGGUGCAUUUUUAAAGGAGCUACAAGAUAAUUCUGUGGCCUUGGCUCUUCCAGGUGAUAGAACUCCUGUUGCUACCCUGCCAACAGACACCUUGUUGGAGGACACCCAGCCUUUCUCCCAGCCUUUGCUUGGUCGUUCCCCCAGUGUGUACCACUCCCCGCCCUAUCCCUCUCUCUCUGCUGAGAGAAAUGUUAGUCGCAGGACACGGAGCAGUGGGCCUGGGCUGCAGAACAACAGUCCUGGGAAACCAGCCCAACUUCUGGUAGGAAAGGCAGAGGAGGUUAAUGCCCUUGCUAUGGGCUUCCCAAACACCAGCAAUAGUAUCUCUGGAGAAGAUGAACUAGAGCCCUUACAGGAUGGAAUUGGUGAGGAGGCAGAGAAAAUAAUGGAAGAAAGCUUGAGCAUGAGUGAAAUGAAGGAGGCAGCAGGGGCACAAGGAUCUGCCAGAGCAGAAGAGCCUGAGACACACACAGACGUGAUAGAAACAGAGGGAUCCUCCGGAGAUACUGAAGCCAAGGAGGCGGAGCCAGAAGGAUCUUCAGGGGAUAAGGACCCCGCAGAUAGGACAGCAAGUCCAGAGUUGGCCUCCAACACCCCGGAGUUUCUUCAAGCCAGGCAACUUGAGUUCCUUGAGCUAGCCCCACCAACUAACACUGCAGUGGGCCUCUUCAGGCAGCAGUUCAUUCCUGCUCCCAGCUUAUCUUCAGAGCCUCUGGAGCCUCUAUCAGCCAGGCUUCCUUCCAGGGUCCAAACUGCUGGCUCUAGACUCCGUCAAGACCCCUACAAGACCGGACUGAGCCACUAUGCUAAGCUCUUCAGAUUCUAUGCUAAAAUGCCCAUGGAGAAGAAGGCUCUUGAGAUGGUGGAGAAGUGCCUGGACAAGUAUUUCCAGCGUCUUUGUGAUGACCUGGAUGUAUUUGCUGCUCACGCUAGCCGCAAGACUGUGAAGCUAGAGGAUCUGGAGCUGCUGAUGCGACGGCAGGGCCUGGUCACUGACCAAGUCUCCCUGCACGUACUUGUGGAACGGCACCUGCCCCUGGAGUACCGGAAGCUCCUCAUCCCUUGUGCAUUCAGUGGCAAUGCUGUCUUCCCUGCCCAGUAGUGGUCAGACUUCGACACCUGCCCUGUCCCCACUGGGGGACCCUUGGUCCUACAUACUCUUUCAGGUUUCCUCACCAUGCCCCAACAUCAAUAAAGUGUCACAAACAGAA